AUGUUCCUGCGAUAUCAAACUGGAAGGGGAGAGGAAGGGAGAAAUAUACAACAAAACCAACACGAUGGAGAAAUAUUGAGGGGGACGGGUCUGAAUCUAUCCCAUACACGACUAGAACCCCGACAAGAAGUAGCCUCGACGAGCAUAAGUUCCUCGGGCGGUGGCACCAGUUUUCUAGUUCCAGAUUCUGUUAUAAUGGAGUCGUCAACUACAUAUACGAACCCGGGGUUCAUUAUUGUACCCCAGUUAACCACCCUCACUGAAUCCGGGUCUGUCAUCGUCAAGAGCCAGAUUACAGUUGCGAAUAUCCCUGCGGAACAAAGCAUUAGACCUUCCCCUGAUGAUAAUGGCAUAAACCUUACAGCCCUUCUGACGGAUACUGCACCAACUCCUUCACCGCGACCCACAAUGUCAUCAAUGACAACUACAUACAGAACAACAUCGUCCGUGGCGACAAGAUCACCAACUAGUACAUCUAGUCCAGGGAAAAGUGAAUCGGACGAAGGGGUCAGCCCGAUUCUUAUUUUCGUCGUAGUGCUGGUCAUUGCUAUUGGAGUUAUCCUCUCCACAGUUAGUAUUAUUUUAUAUCGACGAUCUAAGAAGCGUCAUCAAAAGAUACUAGAAGAACGCAAGUUGGAGAAGGCUGCUACUACACUUCGUCCAUUCGUUAUGACUCCGUCCGGAGGAAGACAUGAAUCAUUGCCUGCCCUACCUCCACAGUCUCCACCCUCUCCACCAUCUCAACCAUCACUACCAUCACUACCAUCUCAACCGUCUCCUCCAGUAGUGGAAAGAAAGGAAUCUGGCAGGAUGCGGAAACCCAGUUCGCUACUUCCAUCACCGCUUCAUGAAUUCCCCCAUGCAGACUUCCCUGUUCCACCAAUGAUACCAAGAAAAAACCCGUCAAGACCACGAAUACCUAUUGUACCAAUACCAGUUGAGUACGACACAACAAUACCAGUAACACCACCUUUAAACUUUAAGCCUCGAGGUCUUCCUGAGACACCGUCAGCAUCGAGUAGCCAAGGCUCUCAAUUACGAAUAGACCCCAUAACACGGGUCCCCAAAUUAUCGAUAGAGACAUCACGACAACGACUACCAUCAUCAUCCUCACUUUCUAUACCCUCGCCAGGCUCUCGGAACAAGAGCCUCGUAAGCCUGGAGUCGGCGAUUGACCCCGACCUUAGUUUUACUGUGCAUGGCACUUCGAGAUUAUCUACACAAGUCGGCGAAGGAUCGCACGAGAAUCACUAUAACAGUUUUACAUACUGGGGCGAUUAUGAUUUCUCAAGAAGACCAUUCAGCCGGAGGAGAAGUACACAUGCCUCACCAACGGUGACAAGCCCACGUCUUAGCCCCUUAGGGGAGAAUUCUGUCUGGGAAGACGCGUUGAUGGAUGUUGAUUAUGACUCCAGAACCCCGACAGAAACUGGAGGGAGUCCUAGACGUUAA